UUUCCACUCACACUCUCCAACGCACAUUCACGCCUGCCCUCAGACACGCCGCGACACUUGCCUCGGCACCCGCUCAGCCCUGAGCCGGUGCGCGUAGGCGUCCAAUCAUCUCUACACCAAAACAUUGCACUCCAGCAACAAGAAAUCCACUUGGUCUCUCUCACCCCUCAGGACUGAAACAUGCUCCGUCUCUUGUGAGUGAUGCCUAAUUCUGUGUGAGGCUGCCAGCAGGAGCACGCGGGAGAACAAGGAGUGCUCCGACUCCCAACCCCGACCCCGUCCCAGAAAGCAGCAGAUGUGAGAGAAGAGGAGAGGCGGAGAGAAAGAAACACAAUCUCCCCUACCCCUCCUUCCUUCAUCUGGAAGAACAAUACCCAGCCUCCAGUUGGAGAGGGUCAGCUUUUGUCCCUCUCCCCACGUUCAGAGCAGACAGACGCGCUGACACAUUGACCUGCUGCUGUGAGAGGAGAGGACACUGCAAAACAGUUGCUGCGUGUUUGAUUCAGUACUUGGACAGCUCCUGAGCGACAACCAGCCCGGCUGUGUGUGUGUGUGUGUUUGUGUGUGUGAUUCCAUGAGUGUGUAGACUCUAUCGUUUUUGAUUCGGAGACCAAAGAAGCACAGAUGCAGCCCCCGUGCUCGCUCCAGCUCGGCCCCUGUGGCCCCUCUCCAUCCCUGGGAUCGCAGAGCAGCACUGUCGGCUUCCAGCAUCUGGGAGAGAAGCAGCUCUUUGAGAAGUUUUGGAAGGGGACUUUCAAGGCUGUGGCCACCCCGAGACCGGAGAGCGUCAUUGUGGCCAGCAUCACCGCCCGCAGGAGGGUGAACAACUUAGAGACAACAGCCUGCCAGCCGCUCAAGACUGAUGAGAGGAAGUCUGCGGACACCAGGGUGGACACGGCGGACAGGAACGGCUGCAUCAAAGGAAAAGGACGCAAACACCACAGUCAUCGCAGGGCCAGGAGCCCCUCCUUCGAUGAGGAACUCUCCCCUCGGCCCAAGGGGAAGAAGAAGAAGAGAAAGUCCGAACGCAAGAGGAAAAGGAAAAGGUCUCCUUCCUACAGCCUGUCGCCUCUGAGGAAGAAGAAAAAGAAGAAGAAGAAAAGCUCCAAGAAAAGCAAGCGGCAUAGGUAUACCUCCAAAAAGUCAAAACACAGCUCUUCAAGUUUAAAACAUAAGAGGAAGGAUGAGCGCAAACACAAGAAAAGUUCACGGACUCACUCACGGCGGAGGCGGCGCUAUCGGAGGUCAGACUCGGACAGUUCUUCUUACCAAUCUUCCACAGAGGACAGACACCAUCUGCAGAAAUCUGUGGUACAUCAGGCAUUAGGAGACCUGGCAGCUGUAGUAGAGGAAACCAACGGAGUGCUUGACCACACGGACAUGAAGUGGAGACCAGCAACCAAAUCAGUGUGUAAAACGGCUCCAAAAUAUCGCUCCAUCCUCUCAACCGCCACCAUUUUGUCGCCAAAACCUGGAAGCGAGCUUUUACGUGGAAAAGGGUCUCAGCAUUUAGCGAGCCAGACCGAAGGUCCGCACGAUUACGAUUCUGGGAAUGACACAUCUUCGCCGCCGUCGAGCAAAACUGGUGUUUCUCAGGCGAGUGUCACUGACAACAAGAGGAACCGCUGUAAACGUCUGGCCUCGCCAGAGAAGCUGAAGUUCACUGACAGAGACAAUGCCUCUGAUUCAGGAAACUCUGUGACCAGCUACGCUUCCCUGUGCAAACCUUACGGGGAGGACGGCCUGUCUGCAACCCUUUUCACUGGAAACGGCAAGAGAGAGCAGAUAACUUUGGGGUGUCGGGUAGAGGUCAUGAGAUCUCCAAAGACUUCCAGCUGCUCACAGAGGAUGAGAGAGACGUCUCGAAGACGACUGAAAACCCGGUCAUCCAGCAGCAGGAGCAGAUCCUCGGGGAGUUCUAGAUAUUCCGGUCGCUACUCUCGAAGCCUCUCGCUGUCAUCUUGCAGCUCGUACUCACGCUCUCCAAGUUACUCAGCUGAUCUGAGGCGACGAGGCAGCGUGGCCAGCCUGAGCUCCAGAGGAAGCUACUCCAGACACAGCGCUGACAGACUACGAGACAGAAAGAGAACACACAGCUCCAGAGACACACAUAUGAAGCACACACAUAAAGUCAGUGGGAAGAGACAAAGAAGGAAAUCCUACUCUCCUAUGAAGAAAAGAAGAAGAGACUCACCGAGCCAUCUGGAAGCACGCCGAAUCACAAGUGCCAGGAAGCGACCCAUCCCUUACUUCCGACCGAGCCCUUCCUCCAGCAGUCGGUCCACCAGCGUGUCGUCCUGGAGCAGCCUCUUCACCCGCAGCCGCAGCCGCAGCCCGAUCCACAGCAUCACCCGGAGCAGGAGCCGGAGACGCAGCCACAGUUACUCCUCCUACAGGAGCUACAGCCGCAGUUCAUCCUGGAACUCAAUCUUUGGGACCCGCAGUCGCAGCCGGAGUCGAGGUUCGUUGAACAAACGCAACAAAACCAGGCAUUAGGUUUCUGAGAGCACAUUAAGGGACUGAAGCUCCGGUUGUGUUUCCAUUUGAGAGCGGGGACGGUGGAUGCUGGAGGAGCAAUCGAGUGUGUGCGUCUCCGUGCUCCUGCUUUGACGCUUGAGUGGAAAUGUCCCCGCAGGGGUCCGACCACGUCUUUCAUUGAGGCAGUCCUGUUCACUCUGCCCACAGAGACCACUGGAGACUGAAUGUCUUUUUGUUUGUUUGUUUUGUUCUUGUACUGCAUCCUCUUGCAUCAGCACUCACAAUGGCCUGAGACUGUUCAUCUCUCAGAUAUUUACAACAGGAACUGCACAUAAGACAGAAACAGUGUUCCUGCAUUUGAUCAAUGCACAUCGCUGUUCUUUAUUUUAUGUCCAUGCACUUCCCAUUUAAUUUUUCUUUUAAAUUAAGGCUUUAACAUUUUUAAUCUUAGUAUUUAUUUUAAAAUGGUGCAUAAUGAGGCCUGAACGUACCAAGAAGAGCUGAAAUGACUUAAUUCUAAUAUUAUUUUUGGGGGGCAAUGUACAGUAUGUGUUAGCUAAUGCAAGAGCAGAUGCACCAGGUGAACGUCAGGCAUUUACUGUCCCACAGGUCUGUAUGUUAUGGAUUUUCCCCCAAGAAGUUAAGCAUUGAGGUAACAUUUGAGCCGCUUGAUCCGAGUGUUUACAAAUGGCUUCAGAGGGAUCUUUGUCAGGGAUAAGGAAAAGGUUUAUUGCUCUGAUCUCAGCACUUCACAAGCCGGAGAGCAGGCGCGUUUCCUCUGAAAAAUGAAACAGCGAGGGUGGCCUGACGGCGAGCAAACUGCCUGUCAGCUCAAAUGUCAAAUUAAUUUAUCCUCUGAUCAAGUGGAAAACAAUUGAAAUGUCAGUCCGUGUAAUACAACAGAGAGCGAUCGAAACGUUGCGCAGGGGACAGGGAGGGGGGGAAUUCAUUUGACAAAAUCUCCCUGUGUCAGAGGAGGUAUUUCCUUGACAACUCAUGGCGAAUAAAACAUAAUGAAUUUUAAGGGAAAAGGAUACUUAAAGGUGAAUAUACUUGUACUUUUUUAUCUACUUCAGUGCUUACAAUUUAUUUCGGGCUGGCUCUACUAAUAUAUACAAGUUUCUGCAUUUUUAUUUGAUGGUUGUGAUUUGAAAAGAUGGCACAGAAAAAAAACAAUAAUGGUUUUUUUUGUUUGUUUGGGUUUUUUUUUUU